AUUUAAACAGCUCAUGUGACUUAGGGUGUUUCAAAACAAAGUCUAUAUAUUUAGUUGCUUCCCAGAUAUACUAGAAACCCUCCUCUUCAUCAGUUGAAAGCCUUGUAUUGUCAGUCAAACCGCGUGGUGCUCGAAUUUACGAGCUUCGAGACGGUCCCUGAAGGCAGCGCUGGACCUAGCGGUGAUCACCGAGCUCUCGGGAGACUCCACGGAGCAGCGAUGAGAUGAAAUAGGGCUUGAGACCGGAUCAUGGCGGCGUCUCUCGGGCGGGACACCUUACCUGAACAAUGGUCUUACGGUGUUUGCAGGGACGGCAGGGUCUUCUUCAUCAGCGACAAGACGCGGAUUACUACCUGGCUCCAUCCCCGCUCUGGUGAACCUGUAAACUCCGGACACAUGAUCCGCUCAGACCUACCUCAGGGAUGGGAGGAAGGUUUUACGGACGAAGGGGCCAGUUACUUCAUAAACCAUAACCAGAGAACCACAACAUUUCGCCAUCCUGUGACCGGACAGAUUUCUCCAGAGAGCAUGGAUUUUAUCCUGCAAGAACAGCCAAAGGGUGCUCGCAUAACGUCCAGACCUGUGGGUGAACAGCUCUCCAGCGCCACCGUCAGCGAGGCCUCCACUGCUAUCACCUCUUCCACUGUGGACACCACCUCGGCCUCCAAGGGUUCCCGGUCCAGCGGAAAGGUGCACAACUUCGGGAAAAGAGAGCAGGCCAUUAAGAGGAAUCCCAAUGUCCCUGUGGUGGUUCGAGGAUGGCUGUACAAACAGGACAGCUCUGGGAUGCGUCUUUGGAAGAGGAAGUGGUUUGUCUUGGCUGAUUUCUGCCUGUUCUACUACAAAGGCAGCAGAGAGGAAUCAGUCCUAGGCAGUAUUCCUCUGCCCAGCUAUGUCAUUUCACCCGUGGGACUUGAGGAUCACAUAAACCGCAAGUAUGCCUUUAAGGCUACACACACUGGUAUACACUCGUACAUUUACAAGCAGAGCUCUGUGAUUGGCUCACAGGCGGAGCACACGGGGAUGCGGACGUAUUACUUCAGCACUGACACCCAAGAGGACAUGAACACCUGGCUGAGGGCCAUGAACCAGGCUGCACUGAUGCAAAGCCAAACUGACACACUCAUCAGACCGUCUGACAAGUUGGAGAAGUUUGGCAUGUUGCAGCAGCAGGCUGUCCCGCAGACCAACCAUGUAAACCACCACAAGACCAGGACUUUGAACUCUGAGGCUGCAAAAUCACUAAUCCACGAGGUUCUCUUGGAGCCCAUGCACCGUGACACAGAGGAGUGCUGCAGUUUCCACAAAGACUCUCUUGCCACCACAUUGUUGGAGCAUCCCAUAGGAAGCACAGGCCUGGAAAUGGACACGCACACUUCCCUCCCCUGUAACCCUGCACCCUCCACCCUCCCGCAGUCGGACCAUGUGUCAGCCUCAGCGCCUGUGUCCAGGGUGCCAUCCAGAGCACCGUCACGAGCUGCGUCCACACUGCCCUCCGGCGUUUGCACGAGGAAUGGCCUCAUCUCAACGCCAAGCCCCAUCCUGGAGCCCAAUGGAAUCGCAGCAGGGACGUACCAGAGGGCCCCAGUGUCGUCCCCGGCUAACACCAACGACAAGGUGCACAGGAGAAGUGCUCUGGAGCAAGUAGAGCAGUGGGUCAAAGUGCAGAAGGCUGAGCACAAAGGCCCUCCAUCCAGAGAGAACACCCUCCCUCGUCGCACACCACCAACCCAGCACAAGUUCACCACUGUGGAUGUCUACCAAACCCUGCCAAAGACACCUCGCCAGAGCCCACCACCUGGCCGGCUCGGUGAGUACAAGUAUGCCCAGGACCGCCUGAGCCACUUCCGCCUCAACCCGGAGCAGGGUGGCCCAGGAUCCAGCACUGUGUGGCAGCUGGACGAGGGGCUGACGGUCAGACCUGUGGGUGACAGGUCAGUGGUCGACCUCCCCUUCACUGUCUCCCCCCGAAGGGCCAAAUCGCAGCUGUUCAAGGCUGCUACUAUCGAGAGACGGUCGAUGCCUCCCUCUGGCUACAUGACACACACAGUCAGUGCACCCAGCCUUCAUGGUAAAACGGCUGAUGACACCUAUAUGCAGCUGAAGAAAGACUUGGAGUAUUUGGACCUAAAGAUCAGAGCUCUAGAGCCCCUGAUCCUCGCAGUUCACAGUUUACUACUGCACUGCACUGCUGGGCCACUCAGGCCUCUAAUGAACGCAGUUGGAAGUCAGACGGUGAAAGAGUCAGGGAAACCCGUCAAGGUUGCAGAAAGUGACGUGGAUGUGAAGUUGAGUCGUUUGUGUGAGCAGGACAAGAUCCUAAAGGAUCUGGAAGCGAGGAUCAGCUCCUUGAAGGAGGACAAGGACAAGCUGGAGAGCAUACUGGAUGUCUCCCACCAGCAGAUGGAGCAGUACCAGGAGCAGCCAGCCCACGCCCACAAGAUCGCCUACCAGCAGAGGCUGCUGCAGGAAGAUCUGGUCACCAUCAGGGCCCAGAUCUCACGCCUCUCCACAGAGAUGGCACUCGCCUGGGAAGAAUACAACCAGUUGGAGAGAUCAGUGGAGCAGCUGAGGACAGUGCUGCAGGCACACAUGAACCACAGCGCCACCACACAGCAAGAGAAAUCUGAGAUGAAGCGUGAGUUGUGGAGGAUUGAGGAUGUGAUGGCAGGACUUAGUGCGAGCAAAGCCAACUACAGGAUCACCAUCGACUCUGUCCAGAACCCAGAGAGGAAAUUAGUGCCUUCGGUGUCAGAGCCGGCAGUGCCUUCUCAUAGCACAGAGGUUCAGUCUCCGCCUCGCAGCACCCUCUCCCAUACUUCACUUCCCAGCACGGUGCCACAGUGGGCAGAGGACAGCGCCCCACCCAGGCCACCACUUCCCCACCUCUACGACUAUGAGGAGACUCCCCCUGUGGUACCGCCUCUCCCCAAAGAGGCCUCGGUCAUCCGCCACACAUCAGUGCGUGGACUGAAACGCCAGUCAGAUGAGAGGAAGAGGGACAGGGAGAGUGGGCAGUAUGUUGUCAAUGGAGACUGUAAGACUGACUUGCGAUCAUACCUGAGUGAACCAGAGCUGCCAGGGAUGAGCCAGCACAGCACCGGGUCUGAUGUUGACUACCAGUAUUUCCCAGCCAAAGGUCUGUCAGGCUCCUCAUCUCGACUGAACCAGUCGAAUUCUAUCUCCUCCUAUGUUACACUUAGGAAAGGCCCCGGGAGCUCUGCAGUCAGGGACAGACCCAAGAGUGCCUUGGAGCGACUGUCAUCGCCUACAGAGGUCCUGCAGCUCCCAGGCAGCCAGCCUCAAGGUCGAAUGACUGCGGAGGAGCAGCUGGAGCGGAUGAAGCGCCACCAGAAGGCGCUGGUACGUGAACGCAAGAGAAACCUCAGCCAGGGCGAUCGCUCCUGCACUGGCCUGUCCACCACCACCAGCCAACGCUCCUCCUCCUCCUCCUCCAGGCUGCCCUCCAGCACCUCUGAGCCUCUGGCCUCUGUGUUCGAUUGGCAGGAGGAGAGACUGGGGGCAGAAGGUCAGAGUGAUGAAGGCUGGAACCAGGUGAAAGAGAGAGGCAGGCUCCGGUCGGAUGAGUGGGUGAUUGCGACGGCCACAUGUGUACGAGAGGUGGAUGUGGAACCGGUUGACUAUAACCUGGAUAUCAGUCGAGAGCUGUCCACACCACAAAAGGUUCCCAUCCCAGAACGCUACGUAGAGUCUGACCCCGAGGAGCCAGUAAGUCCAGAGGAGCUGGAGGAACGUUUCCGCCGGGCUGAGCGCAUCAAGUGCCUCCUGGCCAAAUCCAGGUCCAAAUCUAGCGUUCAGAACAUUCAGUCUAAUACCUCGUUGGACUUCAUUGAGCUGGACGCGGCUCUACAGCAGCAGGAGAGGCUCAUGAACGUGUCCCACGCGCUGGCCUCAGAGGCCUCACGCAAAAGCAAACUGGUCGCAGCCAAAGCUGCUGCAGAUCACUAAACCAUAGGAACAACCAGCGCCUCACAACAGAAGACUCGUUGUGGAGGGGAUUUUUCAUCUACUGCCAACUAACUGAUUCACCUGUAAAAAGUUCUUAUAUGACUGACAACUACACAGAUGUUUCUAAAUGAGUUUUGAUUUGUAGUAUUGAAACAGAAGUUUUACUGCUUCCACUUAGAUUGCACAACAGACUAACCAUUUAUAACACAAGCGAGUUGCUUUUAUCUGCAAAUUGCGUUAUUUGACCGGUUGAUCUGUAUUUUAGAUGAGUGAAUAGAAGAAGAGUGAAAUGAAAGUCAAUGCCUCGUUCUCAGAUUGGGAUGAAUCACUUAUUUAUUACAGUGUUCUGAGCCACAUAUAUGUUUAUCAACAUACUUUAUAUUUCAUGAAUCGUUACACUGUCACAGUCCGGUCAGAUAAACGUACUGGAAUACAACAUGAAUCAUUAUAAAAACAUGAAAUUAGUGGAGUCAUUACAGAAAAUGUACAACAUAAUAAAAAUAAACAUGUUCAGUCUGACAUCUGUUUUCCUGAGAUGGUUGCAGCUUUUUUCAAAUAUAUAUCUCAGUUACACACACAUACACCAGACCAUUAGUGAUGUAAUAAGAAAGAAAGUCA